AUGGAGAUAACUUGCAGUUGGGCCAUCUGCCUUAAAUUUCUAAUUCCCUGUCUUAGAGACAAUUGUAUAACUAGUCAUGGUAGAACCCCUUUCUGGAUCUCUCAUCAGCGUGUUGUUUGUUAUACCUUUCUUGAUUGUCUGGUAACCCAAAGUACCUGGCAUGUACCUGGCCUGAACCGACUUCAUGACUCCAGAGUUCUUCGAUCUCUCACUCCUCCUACUUAUCUCUUAUCACGACGCGUGGAGAGACGCGGGCGACAUUUUAGAGUGGGCCUGGUCACGGCGGAGGUACCACUGAAUACUGCGUGGGUACAACCAACCACCACAACUGGUACUGCUAAGGUACUUUUACGCCGUACUAUACAGCAGCCACUGCACACGCGCAUCUCCAACGCGCUGUUUUCUUUCCCUACUUCUCUCCACCACCUGUUUUUCUUUAGGGAGGAGUUUGGACCCUCAAUUGCACUUUCUCUUCUUUCCUCUGUACUUCUGUCCCACUCAUAUACUUUGAAUGCUGCCGUCACUAUUGUACCUCGCUCCCGACGUCUCACUCUUUACCUCCUCCCUUGUCCUACAUUAAAGCUCAUUGCAAUGCAAUCCACAUCAAAUUUCAGUCCCGUCAAAGACGGUAGACGCAUCCUCAGCGACAAGACUCCCAACGCGUGUCUGUCUCCCGCGCGCAGUAAACAUCUGGAUGUUGUCUCAGACCUUUCACCAGUCAAACGCUCGCUCUCUGAGAGCCGCUCGCCGAAGAAACUGCUUCCUUCACCGUCAUUUGUGGGCCAGAAGCGUACAAUCGACCAAGUGGAGGACGACUCCCGAAUAAACAAAGAGAACGUGCAGAUCCAACGUGUCGAACAGGUGGAGAGAAACCAUGAACGCAACCUGCAGGAUCAAGCCAUUACUCCGGCCACGGCCCCAAAAUAUGAUCAGCAACAAUCAGACGCGAUGCCUUCGAAUGAUACCCAACAUACAGAGCCACAACAAUCCAAUCAACAAACACGCCGACUACCUCUCAGCGACAUUGUAGAUCUAAUCGACACUCCGAGCCCAAAAGAAACACCCAAGACCAAUUCAAGAACAAUUCCCGAAGACCCUCAAACCCGCAAGUUGUUUAUCCAGGAAAAAGCGAGUCUAUUGCGCAGCCGGAUACGAAGCGCAAUGCGCCACGUCCGGGACCACCAGUUCGAUCGCAGGUUAUCAGAGCUGGAAGCUCACAGCCGCAAAUUCCCCCGACUAUCACUGCCUGCCUUGAGUCAAAAGCCGACCGAUCCAGCGCCUACACCCCGGCGCGACACAACGACAGAAGCAUCAGCAGAUCUAGCAGCAGCAGCACUCGCCUCCACAUCAACGUCAAAGAAAUCAUCACCUAGUCUUGAACCUGCCCUAGACGUCGACAUCGAACCCACCCCGAAGAACUCCUCCGACGCACCCGCUGGUCUCUCUUCCCCUCCUCUAUCGGCCGGGACAACCGCCAACCAGGAGGAUGCGGAUCCACUGAGGACCCCGACGCAGAAGAGCUUCCACCGCCGGACAGACACGCUUGAGUCGCCCACGGCCAUGCAGCUGAGUAGUCCCCCGGCCACAGUAUCACGGCGCGGCGGCAAGAGGACCAUUGACAUGACGGAGGAGGAUGGCGAGGACGACAAAACAGAGAAAAUGGCCACGCCGGCACACAAGAGUGAUGCGGUCGAUGGACUUCUUAAGCUUAUGAAUACGUCCGAUAAACGACGCCACUCGGUCUCGGAUACCCGGAGCGGAUGA